GAAGAGAGAGAGAUAAAUGUUGUGUGUGUGUUGUUGAAUUUGUGUGAAGAUGUGUCUAUUAUGUAUUUUGUCUCCUUGUGUAUCCAGACCACAGACACACAGACCAGUAUCUCCAGUGCCCAGCUGUGUGUCCAUGAAGAGUGACCAUUCCAUGGAUCAGCCUAUGAGACUCAGCAGUGGACCACAGUCUGAUCCAAAAGUUUGGAGAAGCAGUCUAACUGCGCAUGCUCCAGUCAACAGAGCUGAAUUACCAGACAAACAUGUUCUGACCAGAGUACUGAUGACCCAUAAAGCCAUCAUGAAGAGGAGGUUUGAGAGCAUAUGUGAAGGCAUCAUAAGGUCAGGGACUCAAACACUCCUGAACAAGAUCUACACAGAGCUCUACAUCACAGAGGGAGAGAGUGAAGGGGUGAAUAAUGAGCAUGAAGUUUGGCAGGUAGAGUCAGCAUCCAGGCCACAAACCACAGAGGACACAGCAAUCAACUGCAAUGAUAUCUUCAAGCCCUUACCUGGACAGGAGAGACACAUCAGAACUGUGAUGACCAAGGGAAUCGCUGGCAUUGGAAAAACCGUCUCUGUACAGAAGUUUAUCCUUGACUGGGCAGAGGAGAGAGCUAACCAGGAUGUAGAUUUCAUGUUUGUGCUUCCGUUCCGUGAGCUGAAUUUGGUCAGAGAUGAUCAGUACAGUCUUCACAGACUCCUGCUUGACUUCCACCCUGAGCUUAGAGAGCUACAGGAUGCUGAAUACAAAGACUGCUGUAUUGUGUUCAUCUUUGAUGGUUUGGAUGAGAGUCGACUUCCACUGAAAUUCCAAGAAAAUCAGAAGAUUUCUGAUGUGACCGAAACAUCAUCAAAGGAUGUGCUGAUGACGAGUCUCAUUCAGGGAACUCUGCUUCCUUCUGCUUUCAUCUGGAUAACCUCCCGACCAGCAGCAGCCAGUCAGAUCCCUUCUCAGUGCAUCAAUCAGGUGACAGAAGUACGAGGGUUCAAUGACCCACAGAAGGAAGAGUAUUUCAGGAAGAGGAUCAGUGACCAGAAUCAAGCCAACAGAAUCAUCUCACACAUUAAGGCAUCCAGGAGUCUCCACAUCAUGUGCCACAUGCCAGUCUUCUGUUGGAUCUCAGCCACUGUCCUUCAGCAGAUACUGGAACAGGAUGAUGGGAAGGAAGCCCCCAAAACUCUGACUGAGAUGUUCAUACACUUCCUGCUCAUCCAGACUACCAGGAAGAACCAGAAGUAUCAAGAGGAAAGUGAGACAGAUAGACAGAGGCUUCUGGAAUCACACAAGGGUGUCAUAUUGAAACUGGCAGAGCUGGCUUUCAAGCAUCUGGAGAAUGGCAAUCUCAUGUUCUAUGAGGAAGACCUGAGAGAGUGUGGCAUUGAUGUCAGUGAAGCUUCAGUGUACUCUGGCAUGUGCACUGAGAUCUUCAGGGAGGAAUGUGUGUUUCACCACAAGAAGGUCUACUGCUUUGUCCAUCUGAGCAUCCAGGAGUUUCUAGCAGCCAUGUUUGUGUUUCAUUCCUACAUGUCUGGAAAUCUGGAGGAACUGAAAUCUUUCCUCCCCAAAAGACGCGGAGACAAUCAAGUGUCCCUUCCUUUGCAUAUCCUGUUGAAGAGAGCUGUGGACAAGGCUUUGGACAGCAAUAAUGGACACCUGGACCUUUUCGUCCGCUUCCUUGUAGGCAUCUCAAUGGAGAGCAAUCAAGCCCUCUUGCAAGGCUUAUUGAAAAACACACACAGCAGCUCAGAGUGUAUCCAGAAAACAUGCCAAUACAUCAAAGUUCUUAAGGGGAAGUCUCCUGAAAGAUGCAUCAAUCUUCUUCACUGCUUAUUUGAAAUGAACGAUCAUUCUCUGCAUCAAGAAGUCCAAACAUAUCUCAAAUCUCCAGAUGGCCUCUCAUAUGCAUUGACACCUGCCCACUGUUCAGCACUGGCCCACAUGUUUCUGAUGUCUGAUGAGGUGCUGGAUGAGGUUGACUUGAGCAAAUACAAAACAUCAGAGGAGGGAUGGAUAGGGAUGUUAGCUGUGAGAUGCUGCAGGAAGGCUCUACUUGCUGGCUGUAAGCUAACAGAGAAGUCCUAUGAGAUUGUGGCCUCAGCUCUGCAACUUGCUGACUGUAAGCUAACAGAGACGUCCUGUGAAAUUGUGGCCUCAGCUCUGCAGUCUGCAAACUCCCCUUUAAGAGAGCUGGACCUGAGUCAGAAUGACCUGCAGAAGUCAGGAGAAAAACUGGCCUCUGCUCUUCUGAGUCCAAACUGCAAACUGGAGACACUGAGACUCAACCUGUGCCACCUCUCUAAAGCAAGCUGUGAAAUGAUGGCAUCCGUGCUGCAAAGUGCACCUUCCCAUCUGAGAGAACUGGACAUGAGCAACAAUGACCUGCAGGAUGAAGGAGUGGAGCUGUUCUGUGCAGGACUAAGAGAUCCACAAUGCAAGCUGGACACACUGAGACUGUCUGGUUGUCUCAUCACACAUGAGGGCUGUUCUCUCUUGUCCUCUGCCCUCAAAUCAAACCCCCCCUACCUGAAACAGCUGGAUCUGAGCUACAAUCACCCAGGAGACUCAGGUGUCAGAGAGCUCACAGACAGACUGAAUGAUCCCAGCUGUAAACUAGAGACGUUGAGGUAUGACCAUGGAGGAGAGUGCAGGAUUAAACCAGGACCCAGAAAAUAUGCCUGUGAGCUCACACUGGACCCAAACACAGCACACAGACGUCUCUCUCUCUCUGAGGGGAACAGAAAGGUGACACGUGGGCAGCAGCAGCAGCCGUAUCCUGACCACCCAGAGAGAUUUGACUCCUGGCCUCAGGUGCUGUGUAGAGAGGGUCUCACGGGUCAGUCUGGACGCUACUACUGGGAGGCUGAGUGGAGUGGUAAUGAUGGAGCUGAUAUAGCAGUGGCCUAUAAGAGCAUGGAGAGGAAAGGGGGCGGGGGCAGCAGCUUGUUUGGAUGUAAUGCCAAGUCCUGGAGACUGGAGUGCUCUAGUAACAGUUACUCUGCCUGGCACAAUAGUAAGAAGACUGCCAUACCUGCCCCCUCCUCCCGCUCCCGCAGAGUAGGAGUGUACCUGGACUGGCCAGCAGGCACUCUGUCCUUCUACAGCGUCUCCUCUAACACACUCACCCACCUGCACACGUUCCACUCCACAUUCACUGAGCCCAUCUAUCCUGGGUUUAGGAUAUCUUAUAGCAACUCUUCAGUGACCCUGUGCCAGAUCACAUGACCUCCACACACCCCUGUUUACACACCCCUAUAUAUGUGUGUGUGUGUGU